CCACUGAGCUCGCCCCCCCCCCUUCACAUUUUCCUUGCACCCACGCGAGUAGCCCCCCACGCCCGGCAUGGAGUCGUCCAUUCGCUCCGUUGAGCGGCAUUUCACCCGGGUCGAGGCCAGCCUCGAGCACAUCCAAGACUGCCUCGACCGCGAGUUCAUCCAGUCCUUCGACGUCCAGCAUGGGGAAGACACAAACCCGAUCAAGCUCCAUGCGCGCGUGGAGCAGCUCCUCAGCGGCCUGUCCGAGAUGAAGAGCGACCUCGCCGCCCUGCGGGAGACCCACCAGCAAUUCCGCGAUGACUUCAUGCCACAAAUGGAGCGGAAUCUGCGGCUAAUGCAGACCCUGUCGCAGGCGACCGGGCUUCCGCAGCCGGACGGUGUCACCCACGCCGUGGCCACCCUGUCUGCUGUGCUAGAUGCGUCGGAUACGCCGCCCGCGCCUGUGGUCCCAGCGCCUGCAGCCGCUCCGGCCGACGACCCGACGCCCCCGCACCGGUGAGGCGGUGCUUCUCCGAGGGAGGGGCGUGAGCCCGCCUGCCUCUCUCUCCCUCCGGCCCUCUUGGGCCCUCCUGACAAUAGACACCCCAUCCAUGGAAGAUCGUGUGCCCUCCCAGCAUAAAUACCCGCACCCCGCCUGGCACUGACGAGCCAGGUCUUUGCCUGCGAUGUCCCUGGGGGCGAGGAGGUGGGGAGAUCGACUGCGGACGCCACCCGGAAGCGGCGAACCUCAUGCUGGCGCCCGGACUGAGCACAAGGCGAGAGAGACAGAGAGGGGGGGGGGGUACGUGCGCUAUCGGCGCCGUGUGCGGUGAAUGGGCUCUUCUCCCUCCAAGUGGCCGGAGGCCGCGAUCUACGGCGCCGGGCACGGAAGUGGACCAGACGCCCUCGAGCAAGCAACGCUCGAGAACCGCUGGCGCAUCCAGAGGGCGAAUGCGUUGGUAUCUCCAACGAGUGCGUGUGCGGUGGCAUUUGGAGCCUGCCAAUGCGAAUCGUGGGCACCCUCGCCGCUCCGCUCGGGAGACGCGCGCCGGAAGUGCAGAACCGAGAAUCAGACCCUCGGUCCAGCCUCGCGCAGUUCCGCUCUCUCCAGCACACACGCAACGCACACACACGCACAGCGAGCGGCGACACAAUCCGAGGACACGGGGGGAGAAACAAAUCCAGCGCGGGAGGGACAGGGGGAUAGCGAGAAAAGUGCCCCGCAAAGCGG